AUGGAUGCCCAAUUCGUAACUUUCGAUGCCUCGAAACUCUUCGCUGAAAUGGUGUCAGAUCACCUAUUCGAAAGUUAUCUGAACUUCCACAAUGCCAUGCAGAGUUUCACGAAGGGAUGCUACUUGCGCGUUAUUCACAGCAACAUGCUGCACAAACACCCGGUUCAAAUUGCUGCAGAAGAAACCCAACCCAUAGUUGCUGAUCACACAGAACUCUUUCAAGAGCACUUCCAGGGGCGAAAUUUCGAUUCUUUUGAGUCACUUCAAGAAUCAGUCAGACAGUUCGAAAACCUGACAGGUAGUCGUUUUGUGAUCCGUCUCUGUCGCCUACUCAAAGAAGACCAUGAACUGGCCGGAACGGUAAAAUAUCGAAGUGUUACCCUGGGGUGCACUCAUGGCCACACAUAUGAGCUGAAACCACAGCGAAGAACGUUUACGGAGACGCGCCAUUCUGGAUGCAAAGCCCGUAUAAAUGUGAAUCUGAAGCAGGGACGACUUAUCGUAACCUCAGCCUGUCAGGAGCACAACCAUUUGACAAUCCCGGCAGUCUUUAAUCGAGAUCUGGAAACUCAGGACGCGCGAGAAUACUUGGACUUAGUGUCCACAGUAAAACCGUCCAAUUAUCGCCUAGCGAAAGAACUUGGCUUACUUUACGGAUCCCAGUCCUCUUACCAACGUGUUAGACGUAUGCAGGCCUAUGCACGUCAGAGAAAGCGUGCAAAUUGUCAGCGGAAAGAUAGGGGCCGAGUAAGCAUCCUUCUCAUAUUUGCUUCCCUACUUCGAAUGCCUUAA